AUGGCGGCGACUGUGACUGAUGAAAACUUUGCGAGCCUGGUUUUGCAUAGCGAUCUUCCCGUGCUCGUCUUCUUCUGGGCUUCGUGGUGCGGCCCGGCCCGGAUGGCCGCUAACAUCGUUGACGAUCUCGCGUCUGAAUACGCGAGACGGGUCGCCUUCUAUAAAAUGGACAUCGACAAAAACCCCAACACGACCAAGGAACAAGACGUGCGGAGCGUUCUGUUGAUAUGA